AUGUCAUCGCUCGAUAAGCUUUUCCGGCGCAAGAGCCACAUGGAUGGACCCCCGAAUGCCAAUUCAAACGGGGCGAACAAACCGUCAGAUGCCGCUACUCUCCCAGUACCGCGCGAUGCUCAAGUAACCUCAAAUGCGACAGCCGCUCGCCAAGGCGCAACGGCUCCCGUGCAGCCGCCGCCUCCCCAAGGAGCCGGCCGCUCCUAUCCCCAGACCCAAUCUCAGAUGCAGAACACGGGCAUGAUGGCUGGGGGCGCUGUUGGCAUGAUGGGGGGUGAUGGCGGCAACGCGGUGGACGGCAUGCUCGUGGGAGGCGUCGUAGGGGGGAUGGUGGGACAGCGUCUGGCGCAGGCUGAAAACCAUGCGUACUGGAGCGGGCAGGCGAUGGAGUACCGCCAGCGGUUGGCCGCUGGGGAGCAGCCGCCAGCCGGUGACAGCGCUGCGAAGGGAACAUCAUGGUGGAGUCGAGAAGGUCGGCAGCAGCGGCGUAUGAAGAGAUGGGAGCGGCGGGCGAAACGGCGCGAUGGGACAGUUGUGAAUGUGAAUGAGAACAAUAAAUAG